CAAGUUCCAGCACUAGCUCGCGGAAAACAAAGUCACAACGACCACCAAACGGCAAAGCGGCGUAUUUCGCCAGCGCAGCGUAAAAAACAUUCGAAGGCACCUGUGCGCGAUUAGUGCAAACGUCAUUGUGAACCGAAAACAUUCAAAAUCUGUGAAUUUUUUUGGCGGUGACAACAAAGCUCCGCAUUCACACCCACAAACAUGAGGCUGUUCGCAGCAGCAACAGUUGCGCUUGUAUUGCUUUUGGGCCUAGCAGCUGGCGAGGAACUCACGGAGGAGAGAGCGGGACAGGAACAGGGAGAUGGAGAGAGCGCGGGAACCGCCGAAACGACUACGGAUCAGGCGGUGAGUGAGCCGCCGAUCCAGCUGGUCCAUGUCCUGAAUCCCGGCGAGCGGGAAUACCUCUCCCCCAACCUGAUCGGCGUGCAGAACAUAGCCAUGACCUUCCUGCCGCUGUCGAUGAACUUCCUGAACGUCAUCGACGCCUACCGGGAGAUCACUGCCGGGGUGCGCUACGAGAUCCUGCUGAACGCGCUGGACACGAAGGCUAAGCCUCCGGCGGAGGCGGACAUCAUCUGCCGGCUGGUCGUCCUGGAGAAGCCCUGGCUGCGCACCCAGUGGGGCGACAAGCACCGCGAGCUGGUCACCUCCAACUGCACGGACUCCGAGGAGAACGCGGUGGCCGGGGAUCCGGAUCGGGCGGAGAAGGCUCGCCGGCUCAACGAGAAAUACACUCUGCGCAGGAGACGCAGCGUUAACGACAUCUUCGUGGGAGAACAUAAGCCCUAUGAUGAGGAGGCGGCGAAGGCGCAACUGCAACGGUCCCUCGACAAACUAACCGAGGGGGAAGGUCCCCAUUACAAGAUUGUAAAGGUCUACUCAGCCUCUCGGCAGAUGGUGUCCGGCACUCUGACCCGCAUCGACGCAGACCUGAUCGACGGGUCCAAGUCGCAGCACCGCUGCAUCGUGGAGAUCUGGGCGCAACCGUGGUUGGCGCAGGGACACGAACUCACCUUCAAGUGCCGCAACCAACCAGUGGUGAAGGCCCGCCACAGCCGCUCCGUGGAGUGGGCCGAGAAGAAGACGCACAAGAAGCACAGCCACCGGGCGCUGGACAAGGUGGAGCACCUGUUCCACAAGUUCCAGGUGCGAUUUGGCCGCCGCUACGUGAGCACCGCCGAACGGCAGAUGCGCCUGCGCAUCUUCCGCCAGAACAUGAAGACCAUCGAGGAGCUGAACGCCAACGAGAUGGGCAGCGCCAAGUACGGCAUCACGGAGUUCGCGGACAUGACCAGCACGGAGUACAAGGAGCGCACGGGUCUGUGGCAGCGGGACGAGGCCAAGGCCACCGGCGGAUCCCCGGCCGUGGUGCCGCCCUACUCCGGCGAACUGCCCAAGGAGUUCGACUGGCGGCAGAAGAACGUCGUCACCCAGGUGAAGAACCAGGGCUCGUGCGGCUCCUGCUGGGCCUUCAGUGUGACGGGCAACAUCGAGGGUCUGUACGCGGUGAAGAACGGCGAGCUGAAGGAGUUCUCCGAGCAGGAGCUGCUCGACUGUGAUACCACGGACAGUGCUUGCAACGGUGGCCUCAUGGACAACGCCUACAAAGCUAUCAAGGAUAUCGGCGGCCUGGAGUACGAGGCCGAGUAUCCCUACAAGGCCAAGAAGAACCAGUGCCACUUCAACAAGACCCUGUCGCACGUCCAGGUCGCCGGCUUUGUGGACCUGCCCAAGGGCAACGAGACCGCCAUGCAGGAGUGGCUGCUGACCAACGGACCCAUCUCGAUUGGCAUCAACGCCAACGCCAUGCAGUUCUACCGCGGGGGCGUCUCGCAUCCCUGGAAGGCACUGUGCUCCAAGAAGAACCUCGACCACGGCGUGCUGGUGGUGGGCUACGGCGUCUCCGACUACCCCAACUUCCACAAGACCCUGCCGUACUGGAUCGUGAAGAACUCGUGGGGUCCGCGCUGGGGAGAGCAGGGCUACUACCGCGUCUACCGCGGCGACAACACCUGCGGCGUCAGCGAGAUGGCCACCUCGGCUGUGCUCGCCUAGACUUGUUUGAGUCCAUCUUAUAUACACACAUACGACUAUAUCUAGGCUAAUUCUUCAGACAGUAACUUUGUGUACAAUUCCGUUUCUAUGUUCUCCAGCCGACGCGACGAGGAAGUCGUUAAGUUUUUGAGCUUCGCAUAUACAGUAUAAUCAUUUUGGACAUCUGUAAUCUCACGAAAAGGUCUGCAUCCACAUAUUCUGCUUUAAAUCGAAAUAACAAUAAAUUGUACAAGAAUUAAA